ACUUUGUGUAACUAUGCGUAAUUUGUUCAUGGAUGCUCAGUGUCUUCAGUGACAAAUCCCAGGAGAAAACAUAUCUCCUUUAGUGUAAGGGAAGGUUGGGGUCGGACACUGAUCACGGGGGGUCAGCAUCACACCGUGGGCAUCUCUCCUUGCGGCGCUCGGGGCUGUUAAAGGCUUUUAGAAAAGCCUUUAACAGCUGGUGUUUAACUAAAAGCCGUUUUUUGCGUGCACGUAGUGGAUUUACGUAGAGACCGCACAGACGAACCGCGAGGCUUCGCUUUCGUGUUCUUGCUAUUUUUCUGGGAUCCCGGGGCCGCGAGCCCAGCACCUCUGCCCUGUGAGGGCGCGGCGGGCGGGACCGCACCGCCCGCGCUGCUUCCAGGCCGCGGCCUGCCCCGGCCGCCCCCGGCGGGCGCCACCUGCCCGCGCGGCGGCCCCGCUCGCUGCCCGCUCCCAUAGGCCGCAGGAGCGCCCGCCCCCGGCCGGCUGUGGCGGGCGCGGCCGCAGGAGCGCCCUCACUCCGCGCUCCGCGCCUGGAGAUGCCGUGCGGGCAGCCCGACACCGGGGCCGCCCCGGCGCAGUACGUGCUGGGGGUGGAUGUGGGCAGCACGGUGGUGAAGUGCCACGUCUACGACCGGGCGGCCGCCGUCAGGGGUUCCAGCCACAGGAAGGUAGAAUCACUUUAUCCUCGUCCUGGAUGGGUUGAAUUAGAUCCUGAAGUGCUAUGGAGUCAAUUUAUUGGUGUAAUAAAAGAGGCUGUACAUGCUGCAGGACUUCACAUGAGGCAAAUUGCUGGUCUUGGCAUCUCCACCCAGAGAGGAACUUUCAUUACAUGGCACAAGAGGACAGGGAAACCCUUUCAUAAUUUCAUAAGUUGGCAAGAUUUAAGAAGUGCUGAACUUGUGAAUUCCUGGAAUAACUCCCUUCUGCUGAAGGUAAUCCAUGUUAUUUUUACAGUGCUUCAUUUCUUGACUGGGAAUGAUCGAUAUUUGGCACCCAGUUUUCUUACUUUUUCAACACAUCAAGCUUCCAUGAAGUUGUCAUGGGUUUUUAAAAACAUACAUGAGGCUGAGGAAGCUGCUAAAAAAAACAACUGCUGCUUUGGAACGGUUGACACAUGGUUACUGUAUAGAUUGACUAAAGGUUCUGUGUAUGCUACAGAUUACUCAAAUGCCAGUGCCACAGGCAUUUUUGAGCCCUUCACGAAAUGUUGGAAUCCCACUUUGUGCAAUCUACUUUCUAUUCCAGUGUCUAUUUAUCCACCAGUGAGAGACACAAGCUUCAACUUUGGAUCAACUGACUCUGAAAUAUUUGGGGUACCUAUUCCAAUAAUGGCACUGGUGGCUGAUCAGCAGUCAGCUAUGUUUGGAGAAUGCUGCUUUCACCCAGGAGAUGUUAAACUGACAAUGGGAACAGGUGGCUUCUGGAAUGUCAAUACUGGAGAGCAUCUCUUUGCAUCACGGGGAAGUCUUUAUCCACUGAUCGGUUGGAAGAUUGGGGAAGAAGUUGUUUACUUAACUGAAGGCUCUAUAUCGGAUGUUGGCACUGCCAUAAAAUGGGCUCUGGAUAUAGAACUUUUCACCAAUGUAGAUGAAACAGCAGAAAUGGCACAGAGUACUGCUGAUUCUGAAGGUGUUUGUUUCAUUCCAGGUUUGCAGGUUUCUGGGGAUGACCCAUAUUUAUGUGCCUCUUUCAUGGGGCUGAAACCUUCCACUACCAGAAACCAUCUUGUUCGGGCUAUAUUGGAAUCUGUAGCUUUCAGAAACAAACUGCUUUAUGAUAUCAUUGUGAAGAAGGUGCACAUUCCUCUUCGAACUAUUCGAGCUGAUGGAGGUGUCAGUAAUAAUAGUUUUGUCAUGCAGAUGACAUCAGAUUUAAUUAAUAAGAAAAUAGAAAAACCUGCAAAUGUGGAAAUGUCUAGUCUUGGUGCAGCUUUUCUAGCAGGCCUUGCUUCAGGAUUUUGGACAAACAAAAAACAAUUAAAGAAGCUAAGGCGAAUAGAAGCAGUGUUUGAGCCCCAAAAGGAUUCAGAGGAAUACAGACCUGCUAUGGAUGCAUGGCUGCAAGCAAUGAAACACUCACCACACUGGUAGAAAUUUCUAUUUUACUUUUAGAAGAAUUAAGAUGGUUUAAUUCAUAUUUUAUAACAUCUUGACAUUAACAGGACAGUAAAAAAACAUAACUGAAAUUUGUGAUGGUGUAUUAUAAGUCGUGUGGUAUUUCAGAUCCCCCCCCUGCUGCUGGAUUACUUACCAUACUGUAAUGAACCUUCCCAUCAUCCCUGUGGCAGCUGUGGUCCAGCUGCAGCAUUUGUGUCCCUUCAGUGACCUCCUUUGGGUGGCCCAGCUGCUCAAAUCCUACCAUGUACUACCCAUGGGCUGUUCUAACUUAUGGGUUUUUCACUGAGCAGCUCCCCUCCCUUCAGAUCUUUAAAAUCUUGCCUGUGUUCAUCAUCCAGGAAGGGUAAAAGGCACAUGGACUCCCCUAGGCAUUGCUGAGAAACAAAAUGGUUAUUGGGGCUGGGCUGUGAGGAAUUCAAUUGUGUACAAAGACAUUGGUUUGGAAGUAGCCUGUUACCACCUUUUGGUUGACGUUAGGCACUGUGAUCACAUUUGUGCACUAGAUCAAGAUGAAAUACAAAAGCAAAUAGGCUUUUAACACUCCAUUAAAAAAUCCAGGAUUUUUGUAGCUGAUACUUUGUAGCUAGCUUGUAGCUCAAUUUUUUAAAAUUUUAUAUAGACCAAAAGCAAUUUUAUCUGGAGUGGCCAGCACAGAUACAUUAAAACUAGUUCCAGGUGUGCUAUCUAACUUGUAAAUAUCUGUACUGUUAUUAUCUUCAAGGCCAUUUUUAAAUCCUGUUGUUAUUAACUAAAAGGGAGUAAGAAGUCUAUUUUUGAAGCUAUAAAUUACUUUUGUAUUUUUUAAACAAAUAAAAUAUAAUUAAAGAAAUGUGUAGUUAAUUAUUCUUAUAUAAUUGUUUAUUUCUAAUACUAAAUUAUUGUAAUUUUCUCAGGAUUAU